UCUUAGUAAUUUAGGGUUUCGAUUAUUCAUUUGAGAACACUACCACCUUCUUCAAUCAGCGGCUAAACAAAAACCUUACUUCUCUUCUCCAAACGACAUUUACAGAGAUUUGAGCCAUGGCCGCCGCCGUAGAAAUCGACGCUGAGAUUCAGCAGCAGCUUACCAACGAAGUCAAGCUCUUCAACCGUUGGAGCUUCGAUGACGUCUCGGUCACAGACAUUAGUCUUGUUGACUACAUUGGUGUCCAGCCUGCGAAACACGCAACCUUUGUUCCCCACACUGCUGGAAGAUACUCUGUGAAGAGGUUCAGGAAGGCUCAGUGCCCUAUUGUUGAGAGGCUCACUAACUCUCUCAUGAUGCACGGCAGGAACAACGGUAAGAAGUUGAUGGCUGUGAGGAUCAUCAAGCACGCCAUGGAGAUUAUCCACCUCUUGACUGACGCCAACCCCAUCCAAGUCAUCAUUGACGCCAUCGUUAACAGUGGUCCGCGUGAAGAUGCUACCAGGAUUGGAUCUGCUGGUGUGGUUAGGAGGCAGGCUGUUGAUAUCUCUCCUCUCAGACGUGUGAACCAAGCCAUCUUCUUGCUCACCACUGGUGCGCGUGAAGCUGCCUUCAGAAACAUCAAGACAAUCGCUGAGUGUCUUGCUGAUGAGCUCAUCAAUGCUGCUAAGGGAUCUUCCAACAGCUAUGCUAUCAAGAAGAAAGAUGAGAUUGAGAGAGUUGCCAAGGCCAACCGUUAAGGGAUCUUCUUUUUUCCUGAGUUUGCAUUGUAUCUCAGACCUUUUGUUGUGCUGCUUUCCUUAGCUUUUGGAUAUGUUUCAGACGAUGCUUGUCUUAUCUUUAAUGAAGUUUUGACGCUUUAAACCACUUUUGAUCUUUGAUCAAAUGGUUUCAUAAUUAAGAAUAUUUCAUCUAUA